AAAAAAAAAAAAUCCAAGUCCCUCACACUAUUCACUGGAAUCAAUCAUUUCCCUUCUUUUAUUUCUGGGGUUAUGUUAUUAAUAUCAUAAUGAGAUGGAUCUUAUUUUAAAAAAAGAAAAAUAUAUAAUUUGUAUUGUAUACCCCUUUUCCUUGUUCCGUCAGUCCAGUUGAUGUCGGCCUCUGUCUUCCUUCCUCUUUUUCUCCCAAACCUUUUUGCUUUAGCUUUACCUUAGGCCUUUGAUUUCCCGGCGACAAGUCUGUGCUGUUUCAUCCCCGCCACAAUUUCGCUACCCACUUCUUUCCUUCACAAGCCAAACUGUAACACUAUACCACUUCUGUCUCCCCCUUUUUGCUUCUUUCAUUUAAUUUUUCCUACGUCUGACGCGGUGGACUUGCCGGCGACUUUUGUCUUCAAGGAGCUGAGCUGAGGUAGGCAGAGUCCGACUUUGCUUUUUUUUUUCUUCUGUGGAGGAAGCAUGUCAAGAUUUGGACUCUGGGAUGGACUUGGACGCAAAAAGCGUUUAUUGUAAUUUCCGCGGAUUUAACAAGCUCCAUCUUUUUUAGUUCAAUCCCAUUACUUAAAUCUCUGGUUGGUUGGAACUUCAACGAAACCUGUUGUUUACACUCGUAAUUACUAUUUACAGCCAUUUGUUUGGCGCCUUAAUGUCUGUACAUCCUGGAUGCGCUACUUGGGAAGACUCUUUUGCACCUAAGUUCUCCUAUAUGAACUAGUUGAAAUUGCUGCAAAACUGAUAAUUCUACUAAGGACUUGGUUUCACUCAGCUACAUCCUUAGGGUUUGAGUAAAGGCUUUUUAUACAUAGUAAAGAGGAGGAGGCUUCUAUCUUGGGAUCGGAAUAGAAUAGCGAUGCCGCUCCUUGAUGUCUUGUCAAUUUGGUGUACUAAUGAUUUGCAAAAUGGGCUAGGCCUCUCCUUCAUAUAAUAUCUACUUCUGCUGCGCUGCAUGGGUUUGUUCUUGCUGGUACGAAGGUGGUGAUCGGAUUUCCUUUUAGAUUUGUCGGUUUUAUCUUACAAUAUGAAAGCUCCCUCAAAUGGGUUUCUAGCCAAUUCUGGAGAAGGUGAAAGGAAGAAUAUUAAUUCUGAGUUAUGGCAUGCUUGUGCUGGGCCUCUUGUUUCGUUACCUCCAGUAGGAAGUCUUGUGGUUUACUUCCCUCAAGGCCACAGUGAACAAGUUGCAGCAUCGAUGAAUAAGGAGACUGAUUUCAUUCCAAACUACCCUAACCUUCCUUCAAAGUUGAUCUGCAUGCUACACAAUGUCACAUUACAUGCUGAUCCUGAGACUGAUGAGGUGUAUGCACAAAUGACCCUUCAACCAGUGAAUAAAUAUGAAAAAGAAGCUUUGUUGGCAUCUGAUAUUGGCCUCAAGCAAAGUAGGCAGCCUGCAGAAUUCUUCUGCAAAACUCUAACAGCUAGUGACACUAGCACCCACGGUGGAUUUUCUGUGCCUCGUCGUGCAGCCGAGAAGAUUUUCCCCCCAUUAGACUACUCGAUGCAACCCCCUGCUCAGGAACUAGUGGCUAGAGAUUUGCAUGAUAAUUCAUGGACAUUCAGACAUAUUUACCGUGGCCAACCAAAACGACACCUUCUGACCACUGGUUGGAGUGUUUUUGUGAGCACAAAACGACUCUUUGCUGGAGACUCUGUGCUCUUUAUAAGAGAUGAAAAGUCACAGCUUCUCUUAGGCAUAAGGCGUGCUAACAGGCAGCAGCCUGCUCUCUCUUCAUCAGUCAUAUCAAGUGAUAGCAUGCACAUAGGAAUCCUUGCUUCUGCGGCUCAUGCUGCUGCAAAUAACAGUCCUUUUACUAUAUUUUACAACCCCAGGGCCAGUCCUUCUGAAUUUGUGAUACCUUUGGCCAAGUAUAAUAAAGCAAUGUAUACGCAAGUUUCACUUGGCAUGCGAUUUAGGAUGAUGUUUGAAACUGAGGAGUCGGGAGUACGAAGAUAUAUGGGUACAAUUACUGGUAUCAGCGACAUGGAUUCUGUAAGAUGGAAAAAUUCACAGUGGCGGAAUCUUCAGGUUGGAUGGGAUGAAUCCGCAGCUGGUGAACGACCUAAUCGAGUUUCAAUAUGGGAAGUUGAGCCUGUUGUGACUCCCUUCUACAUAUGUCCGCCUCCGUUCUUCAGACCCAAAUUUCCUAAACAACAAGGGAUGCCAGAUGACGAAUCUGAUAUUGAAAAUGCUUUUAAGAGAGCCAUGCCAUGGUUUGGUGAUGACUUUGGCAUGAAAGAUACGCCAAGCUCAAUCUUUCCUGGUUUAAGUUUAGUGCAGUGGAUGAGCAUGCAACAUAAUAAUCAAUUCCCAGCAGCACAAUCUGGAAUUUUGCCGUCUAUGGUUGCGCCUAGUGCUCUGCAUGGAACUCUUACCAAUGAUGACCCAUCCAAAUUAUUGAGUUUUCAAGCACCAGUACUGUCUUCACCAAAUCUCCAAUUCAGCAAAGCAAAUCAACAGAACCAAGUUGGCCAAUUUCCUCCAACUACAUGGUCCCAACAGCAGCAGCUGCAGCAAUUAUUACAAGUUUCUGCAAGCCAACAGUUACAGCAGCAGCAAUUGCCACCCCAGGAACAACAGCAGCAGCUGCCCCAGCAGCAGCAACUCCAGUCACAACAGUCACAGCGGCAACAGCAGACCUCACAAUCCGUUCUUCUGAACAACAGUGUAACUGCUGCUAACCAUUUGCCAAAUCCAAGUAUGCAACAACCGCUUGUAUACUCUCAGCUACAACAGCAGCAAUUGCUUGCAAGCAAUAUUCAAUCCCAUCAAACUAGUCAACCAUCUAAUAAGAAUUCAUUUCAGACUACAUCUUUAUCAGAAGAAACACAGCUUCAGCCACAAAUAGAGCAGCAAUCUAGCCUUCUUCCGAGACAACAGCAGCCGACACAAUUUCAACAGGCCCCACUACAAUUAUUGCAACAAAGUCUGUCUCAAAAAGCACAACAGCAUCCUCAAGUUCAGCAAUUUUCACAGCCAAUCCCGACUGAGCAACAACUUCAAUUGCAGCUGCUACAGAAGCUCCAGCAACAACACCAGCAGCAACCAUUGUUCUCCCCGGCUAGCCCAUUAUUACCGCCUCAGCUGCUACAGCAGCAACACAUUCAUCCGCAGAACCAGCAGUUACCACCAUUGCCGUUGCCCAAUCAGCAGCAGUUCAAUACUAGUGGAGGCAGCUUACAAACAGAAAAACUUAAUAGCAAUGGCUUCGCAAGUUUAGGUCUCAUGCAAUCACAGCAGGUUCCCAUAACCCAAUCCCAUAGUCAAUUCAAACCAACCACGGCAAUUAGAGCAUACUCUGGACUGACUGAAGGAGAUGCUCCAUCUUGUUCUACCUCACCUUCCACUAAUAAUUGCCCAGUUCCUGUGUCAAACCUGCUCAAUAAGAACCAACAAGGAGCAGCCACACUUGGUGGAGAUUCAGUAGUUGAGCCUGCAACUAACCUGGCACAGGAGCUACAUAGCAAACCUGAUUUGCGGAUCAAACAUGAGUUUCCUAACUCAAAAGGAUUAGACCAACUAAAGUAUAAAGGCACUGUUCCUGAUCAGUUAGAAGGGUCUUCUUCUGGGACAUCAUAUUGUUUGGAUGCUGGCACCAUUCAGCAGGCUCUCCCACUCCCUACAUGUUUGGAUAAUGAUGUACAAUCACAUCCACGUAACAACAUCCCUUUCAGUAAUAGCAUUGAUGGAUUGACACCAGAUACCUUAUUGUCGAGGGGAUAUGACUCUCAAAAAGAUCUUCAGAACUUACUUUCUAACUAUGGUGGGGGUGUGCCAAGAGAUAUUGAAACAGAGUUGUCAACUGCUGCAAUCAGCUCUCAGUCCUUUGGGGUUCCAAACCUGCCUUUCAAGCCUGGCUGCUCAAAUGAUGUCAACAUAAAUGAAGCUGGAGCUUUGAGUAGUGGAUUGUGGGCAAACCACAGUCAACGCAUGCGUACAUAUACAAAGGUUCAAAAGCGUGGAUCAGUGGGUAGAUGUAUCGAUGUCACUCGCUACAAAGGAUAUGACGAGCUUAGGCAUGAUCUUGCCCGCAUGUUUGGCAUUGAAGGGCAGUUAGAAGAUCCUCAACGAACUGAUUGGAAACUUGUUUAUGUGGACCAUGAAAAUGAUAUACUUCUAGUUGGUGAUGAUCCUUGGGAUGAGUUUGUGAGCUGUGUUCAGAGCAUAAAGAUCCUGUCAUCCGCUGAAGUACAGCAGAUGAGUUUGGAUGGGAAUUUGGGUCACAUUCAGGCUCCCAAUCAAGCUUGCAGUGGGACGGAUAGUGGAAAUGCAUGGAGAGGGCAGUAUGAUGACAACUCGGCUGCAUCGUUCAAUCGAUGAGGCUUAUGGAGUUCAAGAUAUUACCGACUAUAUCUUCUCUCGUCUGGGUUGCUGUUCAUAUUUAAAGUUUGUUGGAACGUUUCAAAAGGUCCACUCAGCGCCUGAGGCAAGGACUGGAAAUAUUAACUCAGCCAGUGCAAUGCUGCGAAUAUGGAGACCGACUUGCCACCUGAUCUUGACUUUUAUUAGGAGAUGGUGCUUUUUCGUGAACGGGUGGUGAGUGGCCUGAAGCAUAUCAUGAAGUUGAUUUAGUUUAAAGUCUUAGUUUCAACUUUCUUCUCCAAGCACCUAUACGAUUGCUACCUGAUUAAAUCAAAUUCUAAUGGCAUGGGGAAGUCAUCCAUGCAAGUGAAGACAGCUUGUUUCUCGUUUUUGUAAAUUGUAACAUUUAUAUUGUUUAUAUUCCAAUGUAGCAGCUGGGGUAACAACCCUUGGUAAAUAUGAUGAUGAAGUUCAAUUUUUAGCUGUCCCCUAAUUGUCAUCCGACACUGUAAUCUGUGUGAUGGUUUAGAGAGAAGGAAAAGUACAUUUUUUGCAACUGCGAUAACUACAAGAAUAGUUAGGAUGGUUGUACAUGUUUUUUUACCCAUGAUUGUAUCAAACUCAAACCAAGAGUUGCAUCUUAGUUAUUGUACAAUUUUUGGUUACGCUCCAA